UCGGACAUCGUUACUUGUGGUUUUCAGCCGGUCAUUAUUAUUGCUCAGGAUGCCUAGCGACAGCAGGAGAUAUUUAGAUGGAAAGCUGCAUGGCUCAGAUUGCGGAGGAUGCUGGAGAACAAGACGGCAGAUGUGUCUCGCCUGUUGUGGGAAUAUAAACUAAGAGCAAGUUUAAAGGACUCGCUUUGGAGGAUUUUGCCAAGCGGUUGCGGAUGGAGACUGUGCAUUAGUGGUCGUUAUGAUCUGGAGGCUGAACACUCAUUUUCCCAUAGACAUUGAUGACAAAUGCAAGAGGGAUGGAAGAAUUAUGAACUUGAGUAGUGGAACCAAUUGCAAAUUACCACCUGUUAGUUGAAUAUCAGCAGCUGCAGGACUCUGGCUGGGCCUGAGGGCCAAAAUCUCAUACUGGAAUAAAGGAAGGAAGAAAGGGAAAUCAUCAGCCCUGAACAAGCCUCCCCUGCCUCCUUCCCCAUGGCUUGACCUCCAUGCUUGCUGUGCUGAAGAUCUUUCCCUGGAGGUAAGCCUAAAAUACCCAGGCCUCCAGCUGGAGCUUGACAAAUCGACUCAUUUGCCGAGGCUGUUUCUCUGACCUUAGCACAUGGAUUUCAAGACUUCAAAUGAAGAGACAAAGACUGGGAUUUAUUUGCUUCAAGAUGGUAGCGAGGAGCCUUUCAAUAUCCGUCUGCACCUGGCCAAAGAUAUUCUCACCAUUCAAGAGCAAGACGUCAUCUGUGUGUCUGGAGAACCGUUCUACUCAAGUGAGAGAACAGUAACUAUCCGUCGGCAGACAAUCGGAGGGUUUGGUUUGAGCAUCAAGGGUGGCGCUGAACACAAGAUCCCUGUUGUGAUAUCUAAAAUAUCAAAAGAACAGAAGGCUGAACUUUCCGGGCUUCUGUUUAUCGGGGAUGGAAUUCUCCAGAUAAACGGCAUUAACGUGAGGAGUUAUCGCCAUGAAGAAGUGGUGCAGGUUCUGCGAAACGCAGGUGAGGAAGUGACUCUGACUGUGUCUUUCCUGAAGAGGACUCCUGCAUUUCUGAAGCUGCCGCUCUGUGAAGACUGCUCAUGUACGUCUGUGUUCGGACACGCUACAUUCACCGGUAUACCAAGUGAUCAGAGCAGUGGAACAUCGUCUCCACUGUGUGACAGUGGCCUGCAUCUGAACUACCAUCCCAACAACACGGACACAUUGUCUUGCUCGUCUUGGCCGAUGUCUCCGGGGUUGCGCUGGGAGAAGAGAUGGGUGGAUCUUCGACUCAUCCCCCUAUUGCACGCGCGUCUGUCCCAGUACGUCCCAGGUACUGACAUUUGCAGGCAAAAUGCCUUUCAAGUCGUUGCUGUGGAUGGGGUGUGCAGCGGGGUCAUUCAGUGCCCCGGUACUGAUGAAUGCACCGACUGGCUGCAAGCAAUAGCUACUAACAUUUCUGCCCUCACCAAGCACAACGUGAAGAAGAUAAACAGAAACUUUCCAGUAAACCAGCAGAUCAUAUAUAUGGGCUGGGUAGAUGAGAAAGAGCAAGAUUCUGUUCAGGACCGAAUGUACACACCAAAGUUUCUUGCCUUGAGGGGUUCGUCUCUCUUCAAAUUCUCCGCACCUCCAGUCACCACCUGGGACUGGACCAGAGCGGAGAAAAGCUUCACCGUCUAUGAGAUCAUGUUCAAGAUACUGAAGGACAGUGAGCUGGUGGACAAACGAAAGCACUGCUUCAGUGUUCAGACGGACUCUGGAGAGGACAUCUUCUUCAGCGUGGAGCUCGAAUGUGAGCUGCUUCUGUGGGAGAAAGCCUUUCAGAUGGCCACGUUCUUCGAAGUGGAACGAAUACAGUGUAAAACAUACGCUUGCAUUGUGGACAGCCAUCUCAUGGGACUCACCAUUGAUUUCAGCAUGGGCUUCGUGUGCUUCGAUGCCGCAUCAAAGGCAGUGCUGUGGAGAUAUAAAUUCUCUCAGCUUAAAGGAUCAUCAGAUGAUGGGAAGAGUAAAAUCAAGUUCCUGUUCCAGAAUCAAGACACAAAACUUAUUGAAGCAAAGGAACUGGAAUUCUCCAACCUCUUCGCAGUUCUCCACUGCAUUCACGCGUUCUUCGCAGCCAAAGUGGCUUGUUUGGAUCCCAUGUUCGUGAGCAGCCGAAACGCCACCAUGGCCCCCGUGGUUUCCACGACUUCCACCUUAACCGCCCCACCACAGAUAUCCAAGAUCAAAUACACGAGCUGACAGACUCUAGUCACGAAUCCUCUCCUUCCAGACAUUGAAAAGGUAGGAUGAGAGGAACUAAUCCUGACAAACAAUUGACAGACAGUGGAUGUCCACUUUGAAAUGGACAAUUCAAGUACGUAAUACUGAAAACCUGAAAUACUCCAGGCUCAAACGUAAGCCGUUAUGUGAACAUGAAUUCCGAACAUUUUUAGGAUUAUGUUGAAGAUGUUCCUGGAUCGCUUUCAGCUGCAGUUACCGAGUCAUUAGAAAGUUGGACUCCUCCCCUUUGAUAUUCAAAUGAUAUGAACACUUCUUUGUGUAUACUUUUAAACUAUUAUUAUAUCUGGUUAUUGAUUGGAAUGAAGCUGUUGUGAAACUGCCAUGAAGUUCUUGAACCUCUGUUGAUGCUUUUUUUUUUUUUUUUUUUACAAAUAGCAAUUUAGUUAACCAGAGUAAUACCAGCCAUCUUAAACUUACAUUUCUAGUAAUAAACAAAUUUUCUGAAUAUCCGUUACAUAUCUGCGGAGCCCUGCGCAUGACAUGCAGACACACACACACACAAAAAAAAAAAAAUAUAUAUAUGUAUGUAUGUAUCAUGUUCACGAAUUAAGAAUUCGAUCUCUCGUUUUAGUUAACACCGUUACAGAAAAUCCUCAUUUUGGCUGCGUGAGAUUCUCCAGCUUUGUUGUUGUUGAGCAACCAAAGCACGAGCUGUUAAAGCUCCGCCCUCUUCUGGAAAGGGGGCCGGGAGCAGCAGCUCAUUUGCAUUUAAAGGGACACACACAAAAACUGUGUGUUUUUGCUCACACCCAAAUAGGGGUAAAUCUGACAAGCUAUAAUAAAUGAUCUGUGGGGUAUAUUGAGCUGAAACUUCACAGACACAUUCUGGGGACACCAGAGAUUUAUAUUAUAUCUUGUAAAAGUGGCAUUAGGUCCCCUUUAACUAAAACAAGGGAAUGAAUUAUUAUUACAACGUGACCACAAUUUAGUAAAACGAGGGAAUGAUUUAUUAUAUUUAUUAUAUCAUGCGCACGAUUUACUUAAAAAAAGAGAGAAUUAAAUAAUAAAAGGUGCUGACGUAUUAGUAAGCCGUGUGAAUGAAUUGUUAGUUUGUAGCCACGAUAUACAUAUUUUUCCCACGUCAUGUGCGGGGCUCUGCAGAUAUCCAAUAUUGGCAAAGCAUAACCUGUUAUUUGGGUCCGGAAUGUUUAUUUUUUAAUUCAAACAAAGCAAAUCAACAUAAAUUGAGCAUCAAUCCUCACAAUGUUUAAAUCUGUAGAAAAACUCAAUGCUAUUAAAAUGGCCACCUGUCUGACUGCUUAGAGAAACAGACUGAAGAAUGUGGGUGUUAUUUUCAUAUUAUACCUAUUUUGAUACUUUAUUAAAUGUUCAAUCAUGUAACUGAAGAUAAGCUGGAAUUGACGGGACUAUGAUGCACAUUUGAAUUUUCUCAAGGGAAGAACGUACUUGCUAAUAAAUGAAGCGUUUGACUUUAUUUUUUUAUUAUUAUUAUCCAAUAUCUAAAAGAUAUAUAAGUACAUAAACUGUGGUCAUUUUUGCAGUCAAAAUAUAUGUCACCCUGUUAACCUGAUAAAGUCAACAUGAAAUUAAAACUGACCCUAUUUACGUGUUCCUGAUCCAUUGUUUUUUUCUUGCUUUUGUCUUUAUACUUUGGUUAUUGUCAUCUAGACUGUGUGGGCUGUUAAAAUAUUUAGACAUUAUUGUAGAUAAAUCCUCUAUUAUAGGUAAUUCAACCUAAAAUCUUGCCAAUAUUAACUCUUUCCCCGUCAGCACUUUUCUAAUAAAGCCAAAACCAGCGUUUUUGAUAAUUUUCACAAAAAUUUCAUGGCCCCCAGAAUAUUUUGUUGUAUGAAUAUCUGAACACGCAAUAUAUCAAAAGAAAGAACAGUGCCUCUGCUUUUAAACAAAAACCCGUUUUAUUCUAGCUUCAUGCAUUUUUUAUCAAUACUUGAAUGUGGCUGUUUAAUUAAA